AUGGACCAUGCCACCUGUGAGAGCCGAAUCCAUACAUCCCUCAUUGGCUGCAUCAAGGCAUUGAUGAACAAUUCCCAGGGCCGUGCCCAUGUAUUGGCCCAACCUGAGGGCAUUAGCACCAUUGCCCAGAGCUUGCGCACUGAGAACUGCAAAACCAAGGUGGCUGUGCUUGAGAUCCUGGGUGCUGUCUGCCUGGUACCUGGCGGUCACAAGAAGGUGCUUCAAGCUAUGUUGCACUACCAGGUGUAUGCUGCUGAGAGGACCCGCUUCCAGACCUUGUUGAACGAGCUGGACCGAAGCAUGGGGCGCUACCGGGAUGAAGUGAAUCUGAAGACAGCCAUCAUGUCCUUCAUUAAUGCUGUCCUCAAUGCUGGUGCUGGGGAGGUAGGUCACAUUCUCCCUCACAUCCCUAGACCCUCUCAACUUAGGGAAAGUUUCCUCCAACUUCCUUAGGGCAUCCUAGGGGUAGAGGAGGGAGGGAUACUUGGCUUCUGAUUGGGCAACACUGUCAUCACUUUUAGAGAAUUUGUAUCAAUCUUCUCCUUGUGCUAAGCAAUAAAAUUUAAAUGUUCAAGUACAAAGUACAGACCCACUUUGUUACCACACAGAUGCCAUGGAUUUGAAUACCUCAAAAGCUGGCGUCAUGCUCUCUGAAAUCUAACUAUUUAAAAUAUCAGCUUGAUAAAAGUAAAAGAUACAUAAAAAUAAAAUGGAAAACUCGUGUGACAAUCUCCAUAGUGACAAUAUGAAGAGGGGAGGGUCCAUCUUAUUAUCAUUAUAUCUGCCCCUGAUGCUAAUGCUAAUUGGUCAUUAGUCAACUCAGAAAAUAAGAUUUUGUUUAUAAAAAUGUUAACAUUAACUUUUUGUUUCUUUUAAGCAAAAAGAUUGACUUCGUUAAUGCUAUUAGAGUCCAUGAGUAAACAAUUAAAUAUUUAGACUUCAAGUAAAUGUCUUGAAUUUCACCGCAGAGAUCCAGACUGAGUAUAUGCUUUAAAUGCUGUGAUCAAGGCUUAACUUCUUACUUAAACUAACAAGUGAUUAUUCUUCACAGUGCAAGUAUAAACAGUUCUUUUCUACUGUUAACAUUAAUCAGAACAGACCCAAAAUAAGGUUUAAAACUUAAGUGGGCCAAGACUAGUUAAAUUAGGAGGCCCAUGGACAGGCAGGAUAGAAGUUAAGAUCUUGAUCUCUCUUUAAAUCAAUCCCAGAAAAUAAAUAAAUAGGUAGAAGAAUAGAUAGGGAAAGAGAGAGAGAGAGAGAAA